GCGCAGUGGUUGGGGCCGGCUGCGGCCGCCGCGGCGGCGGGGUCAGUUCUCUUUAGUGUUUGCCGAUGUUGGAGGCGUCUCCAAAGUGUUCCCGGGAAGCAGUGACAGGCAAUGGCACAAGUUAAAAUGCAGACUACAGCAAACCUGUCUGGACCCACCAUGGCCCCUAUGGUGCUACCCCUGCCAGUUACAGCUACAAAUACACUGAGUCUGCCAUCCUCAAUGAACGGAUCCAUUUCGGAAUCGGCAGCCAGCUGUAGCAGUCCUACUGCCGGCCUUGUGGAUCCUGCGUCUUCAAACAACUCACCAGCUCCUCUCCAAGAUAACAUGGCAAACCCCAAAGAGAAAACUCCAAUGUGUCUGGUAAAUGAGUUAGCCCGUUUCAAUAGAAUUCAACCCCAGUAUAAGCUUCUGAAUGAAAGAGGGCCUGCUCAUGCCAAGAUGUUCACAGUGCAGCUGACUCUUGGUGAACAGACAUGGGAAGCUGAAGGAAGCAGUAUUAAAAAGGCCCAACAUGCUGCUGCUAGCAAAGCAUUGAAUGAAACUACCCUUCCCAAACCAACGCCUAGACCACCCAAAAACAAUGUAAACAAUAAUCCAGGCAGUAUAACACCAACUGUGGAGCUGAAUGGUCUGGCGAUGAAAAGAGGAGAGCCUGCCAUCUACAGGCCAUUAGAUCCAAAGCCGAUUCCCAAUUACAGAGCAAAUUAUAAUUUCCGGGGCAUGUACAAUCAGAGGUAUCACUGCCCAGUGCCUAAAAUUUUCUAUGUCCAGUUAACUGUUGGCAACAGUGAGUUUUUUGGUGAAGGAAAGACUCGACAAGCUGCUAGACAUAAUGCUGCAAUGAAGGCCCUUCAAGCUCUUCAGAAUGAGCCUAUUCCAGAAAAAUUACCUCAGAAUGGAGAAACAGGAAAAGAAUCAGAAGAAGAUAAAGAUGCAAACAAAUCUGAGAUCAGCGUAGUGUUUGAAAUUGCUUUGAAGCGCAAUAUACCUGUCAGUUUUGAGGUGAUUAAAGAAAGUGGACCUCCUCACAUGAAGAGCUUUGUUACACGAGUUACAGUAGGAGAAUUCACUGCAGAAGGAGAAGGCAACAGUAAGAAACUCUCAAAGAAACGUGCUGCAAUGGCUGUCCUACAAGAACUUAAGAAACUUCCUCCUCUUCCUGUGAUUGAAAAGCCAAAACUUUACUUUAAAAAGCGUCCAAAAACAAUAUUGAAGACUGGACCAGAAUAUGGUCAAGGAAUGAAUCCUAUCAGUCGUUUGGCUCAGAUCCAACAGGCCAAAAAGGAGAAGGAGCCAGAGUAUGUUCUUCUUUCAGAGAGAGGAAUGCCUCGCCGUCGAGAAUUUGUUAUGCAGGUAAAAGUAGGCAAUGACAUUACUACUGGAACAGGCCCAAACAAGAAAAUAGCUAAAAGAAAUGCAGCAGAAGCAAUGUUGCUACAGCUUGGAUACAAAGCCUCUACUCCUCUUCAAGACCAGACAGAAAAGCUUGGAGAAAACAAAAGUUGGAAUGGCCAAAAUGUUGGGUUUCCUGAGCCAACAAGUAACACACCAAAGGGAAUACUCCAUCUCUCUCCUGAUGUAUACCAAGAGAUGGAAGCAAGCCGCAACAAAUCAGCCCCUGGUACCACUGUAAGCUAUUUGUCAUCCAAAGAAAUGAGCCAGACUUCUAGCUCUUUCUUCAGCAUAUCUCCUACAACAAAUAGCACGGCUACAAUCGCCAGGGAACUUCUCAUGAAUGGAACGUCCCCAACUGCCGAAGCCAUAGGUCUAAAAGGAAUAUCUCCUGCUUCCCCCUGUUCUACAGUGCAGCCUUCAAAACAGCUGGAAUAUUUGGCAAGGAUUCAAGGCUUUCAGCACAGGGAGGCAUGGAAUGGGAGUUACGGUCUGUUCAUCACCUGUGGUUUCUCCUGCUCCAGGGAGAGGAAUUGUUCCCCUGCUGCACUGUGGGGUCACUCCCACAGGAGAUAGUUCUCCAGGAACUUCUCCAGCAUCAGUCCAUCCCAUGGGCAGCAGUCCUCCCAAAACUGCUGCAGCAUGGGUCACUCUUCCACUGAGUGCAGUCCUUUAAGGACAGGCUCCUCCAGUAUAGGAGCAGGGCCCAUCUUUCCAUGGGUCUCCCACAGCAUCACAGCCUCCUCACAGGCACCCACCUGCUCCGGUGUGGGGCUCCUCCACAGGUUGCAGGUGGAUCUCUGCAUCCCUGUGGAUCUCCAUGGGCUGCAGGGACACAGCUGCCUCACCAUGGUCUGCACCACGGGCUGCAGAGGAAUGUCAGCUCUGGUGACUGGAGCACCUCCUCCCCCUCCUUCUGCACUGACCUUGGUGUAUGCAGAGCUGUUCUUUGUACAUGUUCUUACUCUGCCCUUCUUCAGCCACAAUUUCAACUACUCCACAACUUUUUGUUUAUCUUUCUUCUUAAAUAUGUUAUCUCAGAGGCAUUACCAUUUCUAAUUGGUCCAGCAUCACAUCCAUCUUUGGAGCUGUCAGGGAUUGGCUCUGCUGGACAUGGAGGAAGCUUCUGGCAGCUUCUCACAGAAGCCACCCUACCAAAAACCAGGCCAUGCAAACCCAAUACACCUGGGAAUAAGGACUGGGUGAUUAUCUCUGGCCCUCCCUCUUCCUCCUGUUGUGAGGGCUCUACUUCCUCUUUAUCCCUCACUAAGUGAGCUGAUUUGGUCUUGGAUUUCUUUUCUCUGUAUAGGGACAACUACUACUGGCACAAGUUGUUCCUCUAGUUCAACUGCAAAUCAGGCCACAGUGGUUGUAGGUCUGUUUUCCUCCUCUUUCCCCUGAGGGUGCUGUCAAGUAUUGAACUGCGUCCAGUAAAGAGUAGCCAGGGCCCAGCACACUGCAGUGAGUUGCCCCUCUCUGGAGUUGUCACGGCAUGCUCCUUGCAAUUAUUCUGUCACUUUAACAGGGUCGUUUAGUUGUUCAGGGAUGAAAUUUCAAACCAUCGGAGCAGAGAAUUUUAAAAAAACCUGGUCUGUUUUUGCCACAUUUCAUGCCACUCAUGACUAUCCACCCUUGGGGCAGAUCUCUGAAUGAACUUCCUACAAACCUCUUUCUUGACUCUAAACAUGGUGUGGACUGAGGAGACCAGUGAGACUUAGCAACAAGAACAUGCUUUCCUUAACAUCCAAGGGAAAUUAAAAAUUCUCAAAAGCUGUUGAAACAGCUGAAGGAAGAGAAGGAGGUGAGAGGCUGGGGAAAAUCAUCCUCCCCUGUUCCCCCCACAGACUCAGUAUAAUUAUUAAUAGACUUCCAAAGAUAGUGCCCAAAGUAAAGGUAGGUGAGCAGCACUGAAUACACAUCCGAAAUCACCCUCAUUGCCCUUGAUCAGUCAUAAACUGAUAUCUCACAGUACAGCAACAAAGCAAUCGCAAUCCCUCUCCCUGCUGUGAAAAAGAACAUCACAAGGACCACAUAUGGGAAUAUAGGGGGAUAUGGGAAUACAGGGUUAGGUACCACAAACACGUGAACAGAUUGUGACCAGCAGCUCUGGAGUUAAUGCAACAAAUGCUUAGAUUGAAUUUAUUUCCAAGCUGCUCUGGACACAUCUGUUGUUAUCUCAACCCUUUGUGCCACACACUGGGUGCCAAAUAAGGCUGUCGUGAUUUAGGAAUGGUACUCCCCAAUCUAGUGCUCCCACUGAAACUCUCCAAACCACAUGCCACUCACUUGCUCCUCCCUCCCCCUCCUCCCAUCCUGAAAUGGGAUGGAGAGGAAAAUUGGAGGCACAAAAGGCAAAGAUCACAAGUUGAGAUGAGAACAACUUAUUGGAAACAGCAGUGAGAUGAGAAAAUGAACAAUACUAAUGACAGAGACUUCAAGAAACAAAGGAUUCACACAGAAACCCCCCACCAAUAGACAAUAUCCAACCACUCUCCCCACCACACAACUUGACCAGGAGGGACCCUUUUCUCCCCAGAAGAGACUCCCUUCCCCCUGCCCCUGGCAGUGAUGUGAGGUGUUAUAAAAUAACCUCCUGGUCCUAGCCAUGCCUCCUCCUGGCUACUGCAAAAGUUAACCCUUUCCUGGCUGGAACCAGGACACCUGAGAAUGGUGUUCUGUUCAGAAGGUGCAGCCUAGAAGCCAAGCUGGUGUCAGAGCAAUGCAGAAUGUUUUUGCCAUCACAGUCAAUACUAGAGAAUGUAAGAUGAACCACACUGGGUCAGCACAUGAGUCCUUGAACACUGAUAACCUGUAUCCAGCAAUGCCAAAUACCCUACAUUUCAUGGUACAGUGGCAGCCUCUGUAGUACAUCCAGUCAUUUCUGUGGUGGAAGUUAGGAAAAGGAAGCCUCUUCCCUAUCCCAUUACAUGCAAAAUUACAUGUGUAUAUGGAUAGUGGCUCAUUUUACAGUGUUGAACCAUCAGAGGUUCAACCAUCAGAGGUCUAUGUAGAAAUAUUUCCUGUCAUAGAUUUCCUUUUGAGUUUUUGUAUUGUCUGGAGUUUUUUCCCUUUUUAGAAUUGUGAAUUUGCUUCAUUUGAAGAGUUGUUUUCGUAUGCUUUAGCAUAUGAAUUUGAUCAUGUAACUAAAUUCUAAAAAUGGGAGGUUUCUUUUUCAUGCCUGAUAAUGAGUUUUUUCAUCACAGCCCAUGCAAUUUAUAAAAUACGCAGUUGUUAUAAGUGACUUAAAAGAGGCUGCUAGAAUUCAAGAAAUAGUGUGAGAUGUUCUGUUGGUAUAAGCAGCAUAGUUAAAUUAUCUUUGCUUACAUCAAAUAUCACCGGUUGUGGAAUUGACCUAACACUGUUUUUGUCUAAAAUAUACAUUCAGCUUUCUUUUGGUCUUCAUUUUUGAAAUGUCAUUUUUGCUUCAUUUGUUUGAAUGUCUCUUUAUGAAAGAAACAGUAACAGCCUCAGCCUCACUGUAGUAGAGUUAAGCUGCUAAUAGGAAUUCAGUUUUCCUGAGUUCCAUUUGUUACCUGCCUGCAGUAGAAAGAGAUUAAUUCUGAUGGAAAGAAAUUCAAUCCAUGAAGUUUCCACUGCUCACUUUCACAUCUUGUCAGAUUGCUUGUGUCUCCUAGUAAUGCUUUAUUUUCAUAGAACCAAUGCACAAUUUAUGUUACUGUUUUGGUUCCUACUUGCCUACAGUAUGUGGUUACUGUAAAAUGAUUAGUUGUGUUUGUCCUGGUUUUUUUCAUGCUUUGAUUCUAGAUGCUUUUGUAGAAACUGUUUUUAAAGGGUCUUACUUUGAGCCAAAAAAUAUAAUCCUUUUCAUCCACGAACUAGACUACUACUUUUUACUUGGCCCUAAUACAAAGCAAGGAAUUUGGUACAGAAUCUUGAUUAACAUCUAUCCGCUGUGUAUGUAACUAAUGGUUUUACAUCAUCUUAGCAUGCUUUUUAACACCUCACUUAAAUAAGCCUGGUAUUGAUGUGAAACUCUGCCACUGCUGGGUGGCUGAGCUGAGGUGGGGCAGUGAACAGAAUCUCUGUGGGAAAUGGCUCAGUGGCCUGUCAGGUGCAUAUCACAGGUCUCUUCACCAUUUCAGCCUAGAAAGCUCUUUGUGUUUAAGAGUUUAAAAGCUGAUUUCUUUACAGGUUGACUUUCUCAGGCAUAUUUACUAAAGGAGAAGACUACUGCACUUCCAAACAGCUAGCUUGUUUCAUGUUUCCUGAAUGACCCAAAAUGAUUUUUAAAUUGUUAGCAUGUAUUUGUAUUCUGGUCCAGAUGAUAACCAUAGUUUUGUCUUUCAUUGAAGAACGUAUACAUUCUGUUCUGUUACAAUGUAUUUUUUGAAUUUUUUAAAAAAAUCAAUAAAUACUCAUAUGAUGUUUCAUUUGUAAA